AUGUCGAGGAGGAGGAUGAGAGUGGCGGUGGUGGGGGCAGGGAUCAGCGGGCUGGCGGCGGCGGCGGCUGUAGCGGCCAAGGGCGGCUCGGAGGUGGAGGUGGUGCUGUACGAGAAGGAGGACUACUUGGGUGGCCAUGCCAGGACGGUGGCCGUCGACGGCGUUGAUUUGGACCUCGGCUUCAUGGUCUUCAACCGAGUAACAUAUCCAAAUAUGAUGGAACUUUUUGAAAGUCUUGGAGUGGAUAUGGAAGUUUCUGAUAUGUCAUUCUCAGUGAGCCUAGACAAAGGCCAGGGCUGUGAGUGGGGCAGCCGAAAUGGCUUGUCAGGCUUGUUUGCACAGAAGAAGAAUGUGCUGAAUCCCUACUUUUGGCAAAUGAUUAGAGAAAUCAUCAAGUUCAAGGAGGAUGUUCUAAGGUACCUUGAAGAUCAUGAAAACAACCCGGACAUUGAUCGUAAUGAGACCUUGGGCCAUUUCAUCAAAAUACGGGGUUACUCUGAUUUAUUUCAAAAAGCUUACCUUAUUCCAGUAUGUGCUUCAAUCUGGUCAUGUUCUUCAGAAGGAGUAAUGAGCUUUUCUGCAUAUUCCAUCCUUUCGUUUUGUCGCAAUCACCAUUUGCUUCAGCUCUUUGGCCGGCCUCAGUGGCUCACUGUCAAAUGGCGCUCACAUAAAUAUGUCAAUAAGGUUAGAGAACAGUUGGUGAGUAGAGGUUGUCAAAUAAGAAGCAGUUGUGAGGUUCGAUCUGUUUCAACGAUUGAUGAUGGUUGCCUCAUAACCUGUGAAGAUGGUUCACAAGAAACAUACAAUGGAUGCAUAAUGGCUGUUCAUGCUCCAGAUGCUUUGAAAAUGUUGGGAAAACAAGCAACACAUGAUGAAAUGAGAAUACUUGGUGCUUUCCAAUAUGUCUAUAGUGAUAUUUUCCUUCAUCGUGACAAAAAUUUAAUGCCCCGAAACCCAGCAGCAUGGAGCGCAUGGAAUUUUCUUGGUACUACUGAUAGCAAAGUAUGUGUGACAUACUGGCUUAAUGUGCUCCAGAACCUUGGUGAGACAAAGCUACCUUAUCUGGCAACUCUAAAUCCACCUUUUGCACCACAACAUUCAUUGCUAAAAUGGUCAACUAGCCAUCCAGUCCCAUCAGUUGCUGCAGCAAAAGCAUCAUCUGAGCUCAGCCAUAUUCAAGGGAAAAGAGGGAUAUGGUUCUGUGGAGCAUACCAGGCUUAUGGCUUCCAUGAGGAUGGACUAAAGGCUGGCCUAGUUGCUGCACAUGGCUUGCUUGGAAAAAGUUGUGUUGUUCUUGAGAACCCCAAACAUAUGGUACCCUCUUUGCUAGAAACAGGAGCUCGCCUUUUUGUUACGAGAUUCCUGGGAUACUAUAUCUCAACUGGUUGUUUAACUUUACUGGAGGAAGGAGGAACAAUUUUCACCUUUGAAGGAACUUCAGGAAAAUGUCUUCUUAAAACUACCCUGAGAGUUCAUAAUCCCCAGUUUUACUGGAAGGUUGCUACACAUGCUGACUUAGGCCUAGCAGAUGCAUAUAUUAAUGGAGAUUUUUCUCUGGUUGAUAAAAAUGAAGGUCUUCAGAACCUAUUCAUGAUUUUUGUUGCCAACAGAGAGUUGAAGACUUCUGUCUCAAAGCUAAAUAACAAAAGGGGUUGGUGGACACCAUUGCUUUUCACUUCAUGUAUUGGAUCAGCAAAAUAUUUCUUUCAGCAUGUUUCACGGCAAAAUACUCUUACCCAAGCUCGCAGAAACAUAUCUCGGCACUAUGACCUGAGUAAUGAUCUGUUUUCGCUUUUCUUGGAUGAGACAAUGACAUAUUCCUGUGCAAUAUUUAAGUCAGACGAUGAAGACUUGAGCGUUGCACAAAUGAGGAAAAUCUCUGUUCUGAUUGAGAAAGCAAGAAUCAGCAAGGAGCAUGAAGUUCUUGAGAUUGGAUGUGGAUGGGGAAGCUUGGCUAUUGAAGUUGUCAGGAGGACUGGAUGCAGGUACACCGGCAUCACCCUAUCCGAGGAGCAGUUGAGAUUUGCAGAAAUGAAAGUCAAGGAGGCUGGUCUUGAGGACCACAUAAGGUUGCUCCUUUGCGACUACCGCCAAUUACCCAAAACACACAAAUACGACAGAAUCAUAUCCUGUGAGAUGAUAGAAGCCGUAGGCCACGAGUACAUGAAGGAAUUUUUUGGAUGUUGUGAUUCAGUAUUGGCAGAAGAUGGGCUUCUUGUUCUACAGUUUAUAUCGAUACCAGAUGAGCGAUAUGAGGAGUACAGGCGAAGCUCAGACUUUAUAAAAGAAUACAUUUUCCCCGGGGGAUGCCUACCUUCACUCAGCAGAUUAACAUCAGCAAUGGCUGCUUCAUCCAGACUCUGUGUUGAGCACUUGGAAAACAUUGGCCUCCAUUACUAUCAGACCCUCAGACGUUGGAGGAAGAAUUUUCUGAACCAACAGAGCAAAAUCGUUGCUCUGGGAUUCAAUGAGAAGUUCAUCCGGACAUGGGAGUAUUAUUUUGAUUAUUGUGCAGCUGGCUUUAAAUCUUGUACGCUUGGAAAUUACCAGAUCGUGCUCACACGUCCUGGCAAUGUCUCAGCAUUGGGGAAUCCAUACAACAAUGUGCCUUCUGCCUAUGGACUGUCUUAGUCAAAUGUGAGGCUUUCGCCUAUGAUGCGAGCAUUGUAACUUUUGGUGGGGAGGGGAAGAAGUGACUUGUGCCUCAGUGACCAAAUCCCUAUUCAUUUUUUACACUUUUUUUUUAAAAAAAAAAAUCUUUCAUUUCCUGCUUGUUGCCGUCAUACGAUUCCAGUAAACUGACUCUCAGGUGCAAUCAGAACUACCAUUAAUCUUGGA